AGGUCAGAGGGGGUCAGGACUGUUAAUGCUGAAGACAGGUACCGUCUGUCUGUCUGUCUGUCUGUCUGUCUGUCUGUCUGUUUGUCUGUGCGUCUGUCUGUGCGUCUCUCUGUCUGUCUCUCUGACUGUCUGUCUGCCUGUCUCCCUGACUGUCUGUCUGCCUGUCUGUCUCUCUUCAGUGAUCCAGGUCCAGACACCAUGAAGACCGUGAGUCCGUCUCCGUCUCCGACCUCCGAUGGUUCAACAGGUUCUGGUUCUGGGUCCCGGGUCGUCCAGCGGAUCUUCACCAACACUCGGGAACGUUGUCGCCAGCAGAAUGUGAACGGAGCGUUUGCCGACCUGCGGCAGCUCGUCCCGACCCACCCCCCCGACAGGAAGCUGAGCAAGAACGAGGUCCUGCGCCUCGCCCUCCGGUACAUCCACUUCCUGGACGGGCUGCUGACGGACCAGGACCUGGGGCAGGUUCCCCGGGGCCGAGCGGAGAGCCUGGAGCUGUCGCCGCGCUCCAGCUGUGACAGUUGGGCGGAGGAACAGGACUGUGGAGGUCUGGGUCGGUACCUUCACCUGGAGCCCGGCUGCUGAUCAGGCCCAGAGACCAGCAGGACCUGGUCCUCCAUGUUGGCUCCAGAGGAGCCGGUCGCAGUGUGACGUUCACACUCGUCAGUGUUUAACCAUGUGACGUUUCUUUAGCGUCAGAGAAACGUGGAGUCGUUAUAAUAAAACCUGUGGUUUGUCGUUGACUUCAGAAGAAAAGUUCUUUCCUUUUUCAUUAGAAUAAAAAAACAUCGUGCUGAGGUGAUUUUGUUCAGUGGACUCGUCACUGUGAUGAUGCAUUCAUGUGACGAUUAAUAACCUGCAUGUGAUUUAUUGUGAAUUUCCCUGUGGAAUGUAAAUAUUUUAUAAUAAUCUUACCUGAGAUGUGAUUGUGUGUAUUUUAUAUGUUUGUAUGAUUAAUAAAUGAAAU